AUCCAUCUGUUAGAGAAGUUAGUGUGUUUUUAAUUCGUUUAUAUUUAAUUUUAUGCGACUAAGCUUUACCUGGACACCGACGGACCUGUUUUCUAUUGUUGACCCACGCUAUCUUUUUUGGACUCUGAUUCUCAUUUCGAUUUGGUUACUUUCGACGAUGCCGCUUGAUAGAAAAUGCUGUGUACCGAACUGCAGCAAGACACGAUUGGAUGGAACAAUAUUACAUCGUUUUCCUAAUCCUGAAAAAGACCCGGACCGAUUUCGUACUUGGCUCUAUGCAAUUGGUGGAGAUAUAUUAGCACUGGACAACAAGACCAUUCAUAAAUAUGGAAGAAUAUGUCAUCAUCAUUUUCAAGCUCGAUUUCAUACUGCUAGUAAUAGACUAUGUGCCAAUGCAACACCAACCCUGAAUCUACCAGGAUUCUUAAUUAAACGUAGGGAACCCCAACAAGAAGUUGGCAACAUCAAUGUUGAAAUCAUAAGUCAGUCGGACAAAGCUGAAGACAUACAUCAGAGCAAACCAUCAUCUUCUAACAUCGGUAGAAAGCCCCUGCAAGAAAUUGGCAACAUAAAUAUUGAAAUAGUUGGUCAAUCGGAUAAAGCUGAAGACAUAAAUCUGAGCAAUCCAUCAUCUUCUGAUAAUUUAUUUACAAAGAAGAAAUAUGGUAAAGAAAAAAUCCACCAGCCUGUCUUCAAAGGUACAUUAAUAGUUAAAUUACAAUAUCACACUUCACACUAAUAUUAUAAAGGCG